AUGGCAGACGUAAGCGGUCCAGAUCGCCCGGAACAAUACGCGUACCCCGUAGCUGGGAACGUCUACUAUAGGCCGAGGUCUUCAGAACGGAGACACCGCCCAACUCCGAGCCUACCCACCCCGCAUAUCCGACCACGCCAGCGUCGACCUCAGUCUAUCCAUAUCGUAUCUUAUCCCGCCGGCUAUACACCCCCCGACUUAAGACCGCCCCCUUUUGUCAAGUCCAAGUCGUCUAAAUUUAGGAAGGAGAAGAGCAAUAGAGCGGAAGCAAAGAAGGACGACGCAUCCGGAUAUAAAAGCUCACCGCGGCGGGUAAUUGAGAGGGUAUUGGGACCUUUAAAGCUCCACCUCUCGCAGUACGUGGCUGUGGACAAUCCUACGCCUCCUAGCGUCUCCGGCAAUUCAAGACUAGCUCCGAGACCGUGCACACCUAAUAAUCCGCCUGUUCGACCGCAAUCCAUGUUCGUGUUUCCUUCUUCCACCACAGCACCUUCGAUGCUAGGAACCUCCGUCAUGACGGCCCCCGCUCAGUCGCCAAUGCUGGCGAGACCCUCUCACGCUUCGCAUCGAAAUAGUAUAAUAUCGGUGCGCUCAGCUAAAAGCAUAAUGAGCUCGGUAACCGAAGUCCCAAAACCCGUGGCGAGCGGAAGCGGAGUUUCGUGUUCUAUAAUCCUGGCGGAGCCGAACGUCUUUCUUACCGGGUUCGAGCACGACGGCCAGCCUCGGAACGACGCAGCCAACUCCACGGCGCUGCUGAGGGGUAAACUACAGCUGAACGUAUCCAAGAAUGUGAAGAUAAAGUCCGUGACCCUUAAGCUUCACGGCAGGGCCAGGACGGAAUGGCCGGAAGGUAUCCCGCCGAUGAAAGUUGAUCAGUUCGAGGAAGAAUCGCUUAGGACUCAGGUGCUGGCGUUCUUCCACGCCGCGCACGAUACGGGGGAGACCGAGUUUGGGAACCAGUGUACGUAUUCGAUUCGGGGGAACGCCGAGUACGCUGCCGGUCGCCGGGGCGCAUCUCCCUCCCAGUCGACAAUUUCUUUAGCCUUGAAGAAUAGACCUACCGGUCACCUAACAGCCCGUGAUUACAAGCGAUUAUCGCUUCAGUCUGUGCAGUCUCGUAGCUUCGGUAAGGGCGACACGCCCAAUCCAAAUAUCGUGCAGCAGAAGACAUACAAAAUAUUUUAUCCCGGCACCUACGAGUACUCUUUCGAAUUGCCCAUCGACCACCAUCAACUCGAGACUACGAAACUCCAAUUUGGAUCGGUCAAAUGGGAAUUAGAGGCCAUCGUAGAGCGAGCCGGCGCCUUCAAACCAAAUCUCCACGGCGCCAAGGAAGUUUGCAUCGUGCGCGUCCCGGAUCAGCUGUCCCUCGAAAUGACGGAGCCCAUCUCUAUCAGUAGGCAGUGGGAAGAUCAGCUGCAUUACGACAUAAUGAUAUCGGGAAAAUCUUUUCCUAUCGGCACCAAAAUUCCCAUCGCCUUCAAACUGACGCCGUUGGCCAAGGUGCAGGUUCACAAGCUAAAAGUGUUCGUGACCGAAUCCGUCGAGUAUUGGACAAACGAUCGACGGGUCACUCGGAAGGAUCCGGGACGGAAGAUAUUACUGCUGGAGAAGUCGGCGGGGAAGCCUCUAGACAAGCAGUUCGAGGCGUCGGACGUGAGGGUUCUGAGCGGCGGCGAGCUGACCCCGGAUCAGAGACACGAGGCGCGCAUCGCGGCGCAACGGCGGCGGAGUAUAGAGGCCUCGAGAGCGCAUACGGCACCCCAGCCGCUGCCCGAUCCUACGGACAACUUGCUAGGCGAUCUAGAUUUGGGGUUGGAGGCUUAUUGGGGAUCGACGGAGAUCGAGAUGAACGUCCAGAUUCCAACCUGCUCGCAGAUGGCCAAAGACAAGAGCUUGCGGUUGCAUCCCGACUGCAGUUGGAAAAAUGUAAACGUAUAUCACUGGAUUAAGAUCGUCAUGCGCAUCUCUCGCCUCGAUCCCGAAGAUCCCGCGGGCAAGCGGCGUCGGCAUUUCGAGAUUAGCAUCGACUCGCCUUUUACCGUCCUUAACUGCCGUGCCACACAAGCCAACACCGCUCUGCCCGAGUAUUCGGGCGCCGACCAGCCCAUGUAUCGCCAGCAGGCGAGUUGCGGUUGUCCCGACGCCGAGAUACUCGCCACGAGCCCCAGCCCCGCGUCUAGCACAGGUACGAUACCCUCCGCCGACUCUCCCGGAAUCGUACCGCCCCCGGCCGCCCACAUACAGCAGCAUCCAGCAGCCGGCUCGCAGCCCGUACAGAGACAGUCUUAUAUGCCUUGGGCGCCGCGGCCUAUGCAUCUCCUAAGGUGUCCGAGCUUUAACCCUCCGGCUUUCGACGACGACGAGCCGCCGCCACCCAUGCCUACGCCGCCGCCGCAAUACGACGUCGUCGUCGGAACGCCCAGCGUAGACGGUCUUGCCGACUAUUUUACGAGGUUGGCUAGUUACGACGACGGCGAUUCGGAUAGCGCGGACGAAGCAGUCGAAACGCUUAGCAGGCUCACAGAGCGGAGCGGACGGGUAAACGUACCUCAUCCGAGGACGCCGGGCGGGAGGAUGGUCCCGAGCAGGAGCCUGGAAAUUCAACGGCCAGCAAUACCUAUGACGCUGAACAUGGCCGGGGGUUUACUAGAGCGCAGAGGUUAA